AUGUCCGGAGAACAACCAACACAUGCUGUAAACGUAAAGUCUGGUGCCAAAGCCAAACCAUCACUGCCCCAGCCGACGUCGACCAGUUUAUUUAGGGCUUUAAAUUUCGAGUUAUUUGUCAAACCGAACAAAUUAGUUAUGGCUGCCGGGGUACUAGCAUUUUCCUCGUGUUUGGGGUACAUCAUAUACUGGAGGGCCACAGGGCAGCAUAAGUUGGACACCUAUAUGGCCCUUAACGAGAAAGGAGAGCUCGAAAAAACCAUCAGAACUUCAAGAUGGGAUUAA